CUUUCCAUCGUAUUGUCAGAAAGUCCUGUGAAGGGUCAAACUGACGGGGCCCAGCAAUGCGUCCUGGGAUGGAUACGCGUCAUGUGGAUAAGAUAUAUGUCAGGUGUGUGUUCCGCUUCCUCGUGCUUGUGUCCUCACACCCUCCCCGUUUAACCUCACAGAUCACAAAAGAGGUCUUUCCCAUCUGGACAUACUCUUACCUGGCACUGCUGCUCCCAGUGUUCAUCGUCACCGACUACGUCCGCUACAAGCCAGUCAUUAUCCUGCAGGGGAUCAGCUUCGUCGUCACCUGGCUGCUGCUUGUGUUUGGUCAAGGACUGAGAGCCAUGCAGGUGCUAGAGUUCUUCUAUGGGAUGGUCUCCGCCUCCGAGGUGGCCUACUAUGCCUACAUUUACAGCGUGGUCAGCCCGGAGCACUACCAGAAAGUGAGCGGCUACUGCAGGAGCGUCACCCUGGUGGCCUACACGGUGGCCUCGGUGCUGGCCCAGCUCCUGGUAUCUGUGGCCAGCCUAUCGUACUUUCACCUCAACGUCAUAUCCUUGGCCUCUGUCUGUGUGGCCCUUCUUUUCUCCCUGUUCCUACCAAUGCCUGAGAAGAGCAUGUUUUUUCAUGUACAACCCGGCAAAGGAGCUCCUCCCAAGCCACCGGGAAAGGAUGCUUUCUCAAAGGAACCACAAAAGGAUCGCAAACCAGCCUGCAAAGGAUUAGUCACCUUUUCAGGGAACCUGGGUGACGACGAUCCGCUGAACGAUCCAAAGCCGGGAAAUGUAACGCUGAGAGUUUUUGUGCAGUGGUUCCAAGAUUUGAAGGGUUGCUACUCCUCAAAGCAUCUUUUUUACUGGUCCCUGUGGUGGGCUUUUUCCACAGCAGGUUUUAACCAGGUUUUGAACUAUGUUCAAAUCCUGUGGGAUUACAAGGCACCAUCCCAGAGCUCUGCAAUCUAUAAUGGAGCAGUAGAAGCCCUUGCAACGUUUGGAGGGGCUCUGGCAGCCUUCACAGCGGGCUGCGUGAAAGUCAAUUGGAACCUCCUGGGAGAGCUGGCUCUGGCGAUCUUCUCAGCGGCAGAGGCAGGUUCUCUGCUUCUCAUGCAUUACACAACUAAUAUUUGGGUGUGCUAUGCCGGUUUUUUGAUAUUCAAGUCAAGUUACAUGCUUCUCAUAACGAUAGCAGCAUUUCAGAUUGCUGUUAACCUCAGCGUGGAACGCUAUGCCCUGAUAUUUGGAAUCAACACCUUCGUUGCCUUGGUGAUCCAGACUGUCAUGACUAUAGCUGUGGUUGACAACCAGGGACUGGGGCUUCCGGUCAGCAUACAGUUUUUAAUUUAUGGAAGUUAUUUCUCUGUUAUUGCUGGAAUUUUCCUAAUGAGAAGCGUUUACAUAAUCUAUUCAGCCAAAUGCAGACAGGGAAGAUGUAAUUCUACUACUGACCAGAAUCCACAUGAUCCAGAGGACUCCAUUUCUGAUACGAACACAGUGACGCGGUUUUAGCCUGGUCUCUCCUAUCACGGACUCAGAAGACGGACUGUUCUGAAAAUAUAUGGCGCUAACUACGUGGCAUUUUAAUUUUUUGUCCUAGAUUAAGACACCGUAAAAGACAGAAUUAUCAUCAACACUACAUCAAAACCUCAGCUAUGGGCCGGUGAGCAGGGUACAACCAGAAACUGGAGUUGACCAAGUUGAAACCAGCCAUCUUUAUGGCCUCGGUGAGCAACUGACACCCUAAGUACUGUUUGAAUACUUUGAAGUCCAUCCCAAAACAACAUGGAAAUCGGACAAGUGGGACCAUCCAAAAACAGAAACAUGAAAUAUCCCAGAGUUAAUGAUAUAUAUUAGCUUUCUGUGCCCAACCUCAUAAAAGUGUGAUUUGU